AUGCUUGUUUCUUCCGUCGGUGCUCUGAAACCUUUGUGUCCUUCCCGUCACAUCUCUGAGGCCCUUUACGUCAUUUCGGACGCUCAUAGGUCUCGUGGCACACCUCGUCAUGUAUCUGUCGAACGCCGCGUGCUCCCAUCCAUCCGUCCCUCCCUACGCUUACCAGACGCGGAUGCCGCGUCGCAGGGGAAGCUGCUAUUCAUUGUGCUCUGCGGAGCCACGGUCGUGCUUUUCAUCGUCUUCGUCGCCCUCCUCGCCCUCCUCAUCUCACUCCACUAUCGAGCUGCCCGUUCGGCUGCCCCCGCGGAAACGGCGAAGAAGCUGCCCCUGAGGGCAAUCUGGAGGGCGACGUCGAGUCUGGGGGUGGCGCAGCAGGUGGGGGAGGGGGACUUUGGGCGCGCGUACCUGGGGGAGCAUCGGGGGGAGGCCUGGCUCGUCGUUGUCUCCACGUCAGACAACAUUGACAUCAUCAAAGCGUUCCGGAGGGAGGUCGAUACCCUGGGCCCCGUGUCACACCCGUCAUUGGUGCGCCUGGUGGGGUGGGCGGAGGAGGUAGGGCGCAACAUGCUCGUGUACAACCACCCUGCUCCGCUGCUACACGCCCCCGCCCUUUCCCCAUCCCCCUCCCCGUCCUCCUUCCGCCGGGGCGGUGGUUCCUCUGCUGGCGGCUCUAAGAGAACUGCUGCCGCCGCUGGUGCAGGUGCUGCUGCUGCAGCUGCGGCUGGUGGUGGUGGUGCUGCUGCCGGUGGUGCUUCCUUUGUGAAGGCCAGCAGCUUUGCUGCCAGCGGUGGUGCUAACGCCAAUCGUGGUUUUGACGCUCUUGCCACUUCUGGCGCUGCUGGCGCAGCUGCAGCUGCGGCUGGUGCUGCUGCUGCUGCUGCUGGUGCUGUGGGUUCUGAUGUUGCGGGUGGGGGCGGUGGUACACUGCUGGAGUAUCUGUUGCAGCAGCACCAGUGGCAGCUGCAGCAACAGCAGACGGGUGGCGCAAUGGGAGGUGAGUCGCUGAUGGUUUGGCAAUCCCCCGGCCUGCCUGUCCUUCGAGCGGCGGGUGGACAUAGCACACAGCCUGGCGGCAGCACUGCACCACCUGCACUGCUGCGCGGACCCUCCUUUGGUGCACUGGUCUCCCACCCACCAUUGUGCCUGUAUCCCACAUGCUAUCGCCCUCACCCCCCAGACGCCGCUCUAUCUCUCUCCUUUGAGCGGCGGGUGGACAUAGCGCACAGCCUGGCGGCGGGGCUGCACCACCUGCACUGCUGCGUGGACCCGCCCAUUGUGCACCGCCAAGUUAACUCCGGCAACGUGCUGCUGCAGCCGCGCUGGCCCUAUGCGCGGCUUGCCAACGUGGGGGAGGUGAAGGGGCUGCCCUAUGCGCCGACCAUUAACGGGCGGCGCAACCGGGCGGCGUACAUUGACCCGGAGUACUUUAUCGCGCUCAGGGCGUCUGCUGCCAGCGAUGUGUACAGUUUUGGCAUAAUCCUGUUGGAGCUUCUAACCGGCCAGCCAGCGGAGCAGAUCGACCCGGCCACAGGCCGCCGCGCCUACCUCAACAUCCCCGCGCUCACCGCCCUCAUCCGCGCGCACCACCUUCCACCGCUCCUCGACCCCGCGCUGCCCUUCCCCCCCACGCCCGCGCCCUCCGCGCUGCAAGCGCUCGCGUCCCUCGCGGCGGACUGCACAGUGCGGUACGCCAAGCAGCGCCCAGACGCGUCCGCAGUGCUUCUACAAAUGGAGGGGAUUCGCGAGGCCGUGCAGAACGGCCUCGCCGUGCAGGGCCGCGCGGGCGACCACCUGUCGCUCUCCAUACCUGGCUCGGUCGCCGAGGCGGAGGCUCGGGGGAGGUUCGGCAGCAGGGGCGGGGAGCUGGUGGGCGGGUCGGGCAGGGAAUGGGGGUCGGCUGGGGAGUUGUAUGGGGCGCAAGGGUCGGUUGGGUGGAGUGCAGGCGAGCGGUCACUCGGGGGAGGCGGGUCGGAGAGAGAACGGGGAGGUGAGUUGGCGAGAGAGCGGGGGGGCAGUGGGCGGUCGCACGGGGGCUCUGACAGGGAGAGAGGAAGCGGCACGAGCGGAGGAGGAAGCUUCUUAGACGGCUCAUCUGCGUACUUGUAUGGCGAACAACCGCGCGGAAUCGUCUCGUCUUCGUCCUACCCGCAGGUGCUCUCCUCUCUGGCCCAUCAACCCCCCUCCCCGCAUCCACCCGCCUCCCCCCAUACACCCUUCAAGCGCCACUCCCUGCCGCGCACACACACUGCCCCAGUCUCCCCCAGUCUCCUCCCCACGCUGCCCCUCUUCGAAGCGCCGCACUUCUCCUUCCACGCGCUGCAGCAAGCCACAGAGGGCUUCGCCCCGCACAGGGUGCACCGGCAGGCGCACCUGGGGGAGGUGUAUCUGGGGACGAUCAAAACCGUGGGGGAGGUGAUGGUGGUGCGGCAAAUGGCGCCCGGGGCGGGGGAAGGGGGGAGCACCGGGGGAGGGGGGAGCUUCGGGAGAGAUAAGCGUGGUGUGGGGGGGCGGAGUGGAGAACUGGGGAGGGGAGGGGAGUGGGGGACGGGGGAGGAGGCGCGGGAGAGGGAGAGGGAAAGGGAGAGGGACAUGUGGGUGAGUCGCACGAUAGCAGAGGCGCACGCGCUGAGGAGAGUGGUGCACCGCAACCUGGUGACUCUGCUGGGCUUUACCGUCACCACGGACCAGUGCCUGCUCACCUACACCCACACCGACGCCCCUGACCUCUUCCACUCGCUUCACCUCCCUGGUGAGACAUGUGGCAAGGUGAGACAUGUGGCAAGAGCAAGCAUUGCAGGAGCCCAUGGGGUGGCAGGCGAGGGUGCAUGUGGCGCAUGCCGUGGGGGAGGGGCUGCUGCAGCUGCACGUGUGCUCGCACCCCCACAUCCUGCACGGCGCACUCGUCUCACGCAACGUGCUGCUGCCCCACGGCCAACCCCCCCAGGCAAGUUUCUUUGCCUUGCGGCCAAACCCCCCAAGCAAGUGCGCUCCUUGAGACGUGUGGUUCAGUGUUAUGCUGGCACACACGCAUGUGCUGGCACACACGCAUGUGCUGCCACACACGCAUGUGCUGCCACACAGUCCCGCCUGUCCUUGCCCAUCCCGUCCGCCCAUCCAACCCUCUCGUUAUCCCCCGCCCGCCACUACUCCCCCAUUCCCCCACUCUCCCAUUCCGCCACUUCCAAAUCCCGCCACUCUCCCAUUCCCCCACUCUCCCAUUCCGCCACUUCCAAAUCCCCCCACUCUCCCAUUCCCCCACUCUCCCAUGCCCCCACUCUCCCAUUCCCGCACUCUCCCGUUCCCCCUUCCCCCGCCGCCAGCUAUUCGACUUUGGAAUGUCACACUUUGCAGAGGCUCGCAACGACAACUUCGCCUCGCCCUACUGCCAAGCGUAAGCGCCCUCCCUUCAGCCCUACUGCCAAGCGUAAGCGCCCUCCCUUCAGCCCUACUGCCAAGCGUAAGCGCCCUCCCUUCAGCCCUACUGCCAAGCGUAAACACCCUCCCUUCAGCCCUACUGCCAAGCGUAAGCGCCCUCCCUUCAGCCCUACUGCCAAGCAUAAGCGCCCUCCCUUCAGCCCUACUGCCAGGCGUAAGCACCCUCCCUUCAGCCCUACUGCCAAGCGUAAGCGCCCUCCCUUCAGCCCUACUGCCAAGCAUAAGCGCCCUCCCUUCAGCCCUACUGCCAAGCGUAAGCACCCUCCCUUCAGCCCUACUGCCAAGCAUAAGCGCCCUCCCUUCAGCCCUACUGCCAAGCAUAAGCGCCCUCCCUUCAGCCCUACUGCCAAGCAUAAGCGCCCUUCUUCCCUGCUACUAUUAAGCCCCUUCCCCUUCCACUCCUUGUCUUCCUCCCCCCCCUCUCACUCACUCGUUGCAGUGCGGCACCACAGGGGAGACGGACAAGACGAGAGGCGUGAGUCGCCCGAGAAGCAGCCCGCAUUGCCCCUUGUUCCCCACACUCCUUUACCUCCUCCUCCCCGCCCCACUCCGUGCAGGUACAUGGCCCCCGAGUGCGGCACCACAGGGGAGACGGACAAGACCACCGACAUGUAUGCUUAUGGUGUGCUGCUCCUUGAGCUCGUUUCCGGGAAGCUUCCGUACGAUGACGAUCGUGAUCCGGUGCAGCUGAGCGACUGGGCACGGCAGCAGGACUGGAGCAGCUCAGAUUCAAUAAAGGAGUUGGUGGAUCCGCUGUUAGAGGGGAUGUACAACGAGGAUGAGGUGCUCAUAUUGGCGUCCCUUGCAAUGCGAUGCAUCAAUGUGGAUAAGAGAGAGCGGCCGACGGUCAAAGAGCAGCGCCUUCGCCGCAAGCAGCAGUUGGACGACGGUCCGGGGAGCGCAUUGGCGGAAGAAGCCCCGCGGAAGGCCAAGAAGCGCGCUGGGGGCGCGGCAGCGGCCGCGGAGGGAGCCGCGCAGCAGCCCCAGCCGCAGCUGGACACGAUCCCCGCGCAGCUGCCCGCGCAGAUCCCCGAAACCCCCCCCAGUUCCGCCACGCUGCUCGACCCCGUCCCCAUUGACGUCCCCUCCGCGUCCGACCAGCCGUCCCUGUCCACCUCCUCCGCGCUCUCCGCCUCCGCGGUCUCCCCCGCGGACUCCCCCGCGGAUGAGCUCGCGGGGCUGACCCAGCGCGUGGCUAAGAGCGUGCGGGACGUGCGGGGGUACGCCAAGCUCAACGUGUCCACGGCGACCGUGCAACAGCGCGUGGCUAAGAUCGUGUGGGACGUGCGCGGGUAUGCGGAGCUCAAUGUGUCCACUGCAACAAGGUGUGCAACUGUACAGCAGGUGUGCGAGAUGGUGGACCACAACCUGGCGCCGUGGACACGCAUCCCGCAGAUUCGUGACGGCAUGGGCGCUGCCGGCAUGGUGGCGCCCAGCCUUGUCAAAACCAUCAGCCAGCGCGCACGGGUGAUUGGGUGCCGGUCACGUGAGCUGCUCUUCACCCCUUUCCCGCUCUCUUCUUUGUCUCUUUUCGCACACCCCUUUCACCACUUCACCAAUUCCCUCUUCUCCUUAUUUCCCCUCCUCCACCCGAUUCAGUUCAUGUCUUGCGCUGGCCACGUGAGGGUGGUGGACGGAUCAGUCUACUUCCUCCUUCGCACAACCCGUUCUCCCACUCCCUCAUUCCUCUCCUUCCUCUCCUCCCUCCCUCCCUCCCUCCCUCCCUCCCUCCCUCCUCCCCCUCCUCCACCAAUCAUUUAUGUCAUGCGCCGGCCACGUGAGGGUGGUGGACGGUUCAUGUCAUGUGCGGGCCACGUGAGGGUGGUGGACGGGUCAGUCUACUUCCGGCUGGGCGGAUUCAUCACCGUCCCCUACCGCGUGCGGCGCUUCCUGCAAACCGUGCAGACCAUUCAGGGUCCUCGAAAGACAGUCUGGUUAGACACCAGUGCUGCCUCGUCCACCCUUCUCUCAUCCCAGCCCUCUCAGCCCUCUCGUUUUCCUUUCCAAUCACUUCCCUUCAAUCCUUCCCACGCCCGUCUGCCUUUCCUAUCUCAGAUCAACACGCCCUUGACUCACUCGUUAGAAAUCUCUAAAGUGAUUAUAGGAGAGUCCUCACUUCACCUCUCCAAAUCCACCUCCCCUCCCCCUCCCGGCCCCGCCUUCCGCUCCUUGUUUCUGCACCCCAACCUUCUCUUCUCCCCCCCCCCGACCUCGUUUUCCUCCUCCUUCCCCUUUCAUCCCCCUUCUCCUCCCAUCUCACAACCUCCCUCCCUUCCCUCCUUCUCCCCGAAUCCCCCUGCUCCCAUCUUUCACCCACCCCCCCCCUCCCCCCCUCUCACAAUCCCUGCAGCAAGCAGUAGACUUCCACAACCUGGCAGCCGUCGAGCAGUAGACUUCCACAACCUGGCGGCCGUGCGGGCGGAGUUCUUUGUCAACACGUGCGACCUGCCCAUCAGCUAUGACAGCGACGUGGGCGGCAGCCGCCCGGUGGGCUUUCCCUUCUUCAGCACGCGCGUCGUCCCCGGCUCCGUGGACGUGGCCAUCCCAGACCCGCUUGACUUACCUGACAACAUGGAUCUGCCUGAGAACGUGGAGGUGCGCGAGGGAGUAGAGAUGGUUGGGAUGGACCCCCUCGACUUACCUGACAACAUGGACCUUCCUGAGAACGUGGAGGUGAGAGAAUGGAGUGCGGUUGGUCUUGCUUGCUCCGUGGACGCGGCCAUUCCCGACCCUUUCGACCUGCCCGACAACAUGGACCUUCCUGCGAACGUGGAAGUGGGUGGUUUGGGAAGAGAGAGCGGCAGAGGGGGGGCUGUGGGGUUGGGUUGGCGAAUGAUUGAUGCUGGGGUGUGGGUCUGCUCUGUGGACGUGUCGUGGGAGGAGAAGGAGAACCGCGCUGUGUUCCGCGGCACGGCCAGCAGCUUCCCGUUUGAGGACUCGCAGAACUGGCGCGCCCACCCCCUCAUCCGCCUGCACAGAACUGGCGGAGGGCGCACCCCCUCAUCCGCCUGCACAGGUGGGGCCUUCUGGGGUAGGAUGGCGGAAGCGCGGCCAGACCUGCUGGAUGUGAAGCUGAUCGGGUGGAGCCGAGACAUCGAUGGGGACGUGCGCAAGAGGAUGGAGGCGGAUGGAGUGGCCAUGGUGGGGCGCCCCACACUCACGGCCGACCCACCAAUGAGCAAGUUCAAGUACCAGAUCGUGUCAGGGCUGCCCUCCUCGCACCAGACCUGUGCUAUUCUGGCCCGGGGCGAGCAGUCCAAGUACCAGAUCGUGUCUGGCCUGCCCUCCUCCCACCACACCUGUGCUAUUCUUGCGCGGGGCGAGCAGCCAUAUGUGAACUUCGUCCCUUCUUCUUCCCCGUCCCCCCAUCAUACCACCCCCACUUCCCCUGUACCCCCCUCCUUUACCCCCUCCCUCCUACAGGUGGCCAUCAGGCAGGCCUCGCCCUACGCGGAGUUCUUCACGCCACUCUUAAAGCCCUACGUGAACUUCAUCCCGGCGAACCGGCACUUUGACAACCUGAUAGAGAAGCUGCGGUGGGCGCAGAGCCACGACAACCACGUGCACCACAUGGUGGCCGCGGCUAAACGGGCGGCCAAGUGGGCGUGCACACGUAGCGGGCACACGCUUUACUGGGCCAUCCUCCUUAUAAAGUACUCCAAGAACGCGCUACAAGACCCCUCUACAAUCAAGGCCCCGGUCAAGACGCUCUGCCAGGACCCCCUCGAUCCCGCCCUCCUGGAAAUGGCCGGCCUUGCUGCUCCCUCCUCCCCCACCUCCUCUCCCUCGCUCUCUCUCCCGGACUCCUGGCCCCCCGUGUGCUCCCGUGACAAUAUUGACCGCAGCGCUCAGCCAAAGUGUGUAUAUUACUGCCAGAAGGGGGUCAUUCCCGGUAAGAGCUUUGUCUGGGUGUCGGCAGAAGCCCUCAAGGCUGGUGUUGGGGCGCAGUCAGCGUAG